AUGUCAUCGUCAGCAGUUUCAAGUCUUCUAUUAGAAGCGAACAAUUUAAAUUAUAUUGCUAUGAUGUUUAUUCGAUGCUAUUGUUAUAUAGUUAUACCUCCUGGCACUCUAGGUCAUCUAUUGAGUAUUUAUGUAUUUACUCGUCGUUCGCUACUAUCUAAUCCUUGUAGUCGAUAUUUCCUAGCAGCUAGUAUUAUUGGACUAUUACAUACAUGUUAUGUCUUACCUAUGAGAAUGAUACAAUCGGCUUUUGUUGAUACAGAUCCUGGUGCAUAUUCAGUUGUAUUCUGUAAAAUAACAUGGCUUUUAUUAAAUUCAUUAAGGGGUUUAGGUUUUUGGUUCAUUGUGUGCGCCUGCGCCGAUCGGUAUUUAUGCAGUUCUCGCUCAAUAAAUAUGAGAGCAUGGAGCAGUGUACGCGUAGCUAAUCGAGUUAUUCCUCUUACUAUUCUUAUUAUUUUGGUGGCUUAUAGUCAUGUCCCUGUCUUUUUCGAAAUCGACAUCAUACCAGCUACUCAAAAACCUAUAUGUUAUCCUCCAGGACCACCAGGAACUUAUCGUAUAGUUUUAUCAUAUUUUAAUCUAAUUUUUCUUGGUUUAUCACCAUCGUUAGUUAUGCUUAUGUUUGGUUUACUUACAUUACGAAAUGUUGAACGAGCGAAACGACUUCGUGUUGUACCAACAACUGAGACGAUCAAUAUAACUAAUCGAACGACUAAUACACAUAUGCUUCGAAUGUUACUUGUUCAAGUAUUAGUAUAUUGUAUAACUGGAUUAACAUUUUCUGUCGCAUUAAUUAUUACAGCAAUAAAUGCGAGUGCACCAAAAAAUGCUUUUCAAGUUGCUCAAGAAAAUAUGAUUAAUGCAGCUGUUGGUAUGCUUUCAACUGUUGGUCCUUGCUUAAGUUUCUAUUUAUUUACACUAUCAAGUGGUCUAUUUAGAAAAGAACUUAAAAAACUUUAUCAAAAAAUUCGUCGAACUGAAAUCAUCCACAACAAUUUACGAUUCAAACAACUAAUACAGGCCAUGAUGGAACAAUAA